UCGCCCUACGCACGGGCAUAAACAAACCUUGCCAGGCUACUCUUGCGCUGCAGAUUGUUCACCCAUCUUCGCCUCUCCCUCUUCACCUCCCUCUGGGCGUUGCGCCGCCGACCUUGUUGUUGGCUUCACUCCGUGCUUGCUCCUUAGGUCUGUGAAAGCAGAGAAAUGUCCCGAGAGCUACAGGACGUGGACCUCGCCGAGGUGAAGCCUCUGGUAGAAAAAGGAGAGACCAUCACUGGCCUCUUGCAAGAAUUCGACGUUCAGGAGCAGGACAUCGAGACCCUACAUGGCUCCCUGCAUGUCACACUAUGCGGGACCCCCAAGGGCAAUCGUCCCGUCAUCCUCACAUAUCACGACAUUGGCAUGAACCACAAGACCUGCUACAACCCACUCUUCAACUCCGAGGACAUGCAGGAGAUCACACAACAUUUUGCUGUGUGCCAUGUGGAUGCCCCUGGCCAACAGGAUGGUGCCCCUUCCUUCCCAGUGGGGUACAUGUACCCCUCAAUGGAUCAGCUGGCUGAAAUGCUUCCUGGAGUCCUUCAUCAGUUUGGGCUCAAGAGUGUCAUUGGCAUGGGGACAGGAGCUGGUGCCUACAUCCUGACCCGCUUCGCACUCAACAACCCUGAGAUGGUGGAGGGCCUCGUGCUCAUGAAUGUGAACCCGUGUGCUGAAGGCUGGAUGGACUGGGCUGCCUCCAAGAUCUCAGGAUGGACCCAAGCUCUGCCAGACAUGGUGGUGUCCCACCUCUUCGGCAAGGAGGAGAUCCACAACAACGUGGAGGUGGUGCACACCUACCGCCAGCACAUCCUCAACGACAUGAACCCCAGCAACCUACACCUAUUCAUCAGCGCCUACAACAGCCGGAGGGACCUGGAGAUUGAGCGGCCAGUGCCUGGAACCCACACCGUCACCCUGCAGUGCCCUGCUCUGCUAGUGGUUGGGGACAACUCUCCUGCCGUGGAUGCUGUGGUGGAAUGCAACUCCAAAUUGGACCCAACGAAGACCACCCUGCUCAAGAUGGCAGACUGUGGUGGUCUCCCUCAGAUUUCUCAGCCCGCCAAGCUUGCUGAGGCCUUCAAGUACUUUGUGCAGGGCAUGGGAUACAUGCCUUCUGCCAGCAUGACUCGCCUGAUGCGGUCCCGCACAGCCUCUGGCUCCAGCGUCACGUCCCUAGAGGGUCCCCGCAGCCGCUCACACACCAGCGAGGGCCCCCGCAGCCGCUCGCACACCAGCGAGGGGUCCCGUAGCCGUUCCCAUACCAGUGAGGAUGCCCGUCUCAACAUCACCCCCAAUUCGGGUGCCACUGGGAACAAUGCCGGGCCCAAGUCUAUGGAGGUGUCCUGCUAGGCAGUCUGUGCAUCAGUCAUCCUGGACUGGUGGUCUCUCCCUUAGCCCCCAACCCCUGCCUGCCACCCUACGCUAAUGCGGUAUUAAUCUAAAGCUGCUUUUGUAAGAAUGAACUCUGGUGGCGGCAGAUCCAGGCUGUUUGGGUUGCCUCCUGGGACCAGGGUGGGUGGUGGUGGACCAAAGGCAAGAAACAUUGUUCAGUGCCCUGCUCUGCUAACAAGUGGCCUGGUGGCUCCUCUCUCUAUCCUCAGACACCCAACUGCCAAAACCAAGAAAUACAUAGCAGUAACACUGCCUGGCUCCAUGCCCAGGCUGAGCAAGCCUCCUGGCUCACAGGCGUUUUGCCAGACCUCCUACUUCCUGUUUCCUCUCCACUAAACCCAUUCCUGGAAGCAAACUUAUUUCUGAUUUGAAAGGGGAGAGAAGCAGGGAAGUUGGGCAUCCUAUUUUAAGUAGGAAAAACAAGAAGAGGAGAAAAUAAGGCGGGAUCUAGGGCAGGUAGGGGAAAAACAAGUCUACACAGCUCACUUGAAGGAAAUGAUUUUAAAGUUCUGGAUGUGGAAACCCACAACCUUUUUUUUUUUUUUGUUCUGACAACCUUUUAACACGCAAGGGAAACUGGUAACAAACUCCUGGCUUUGAACAGAAAGUGAUUCAGGAAAUACUGGGUGGCAGCCACAGUGGUUAAGUGCUCUGCCUUCUCUCUGCCCCAUUGGCCCUGGCUCCUAUCCCCCAGCAUGAAUGGGUGAUACCUUUGUCCCCGGGGAAGAUGGUUUUGAUUCAUAGUUGCAUUCUUUGAGACUGAGGGAGACUCGACGGGUGACAACAAUUCUUGUCUGAGAUGAGUCUCUAGGCAUGGGAAGGGUGGGGAUGCAGUAGCAUGGGAUUUGGUGAUGAAUAUGAAGGCCAGGUGCUAGAAUCUGGUGGGUGUGAUUUCAGUGACCACAAGCCUGUGCCCUGGAAUCUUGUGUGAUUGAAUCAAACCUUGUCUACCAUUAUUGAUAUCUGGCAUUAGCUCUAAACUUGAUAGAUAAAUGUCGCUCAACUGGCGCAUUACUAGUUCUUCAGAGAGAACGAUGUGUUCUGGUGGGGGAAGGGUUGAUGAGAUGGUUUUGGCUUGUGUACAUUCCAUGGGAAGUUGCUUCCCUUUCCUGCUGCCCCCUCUCCCUGACCCCCUUGCUGACUGGGUUUGUAGCACUGGCCUUUCUAAGCAAUGCCAGCCUAAUGCCCAUGCCAUGUACUACUGCCUUUUGGUUUUUACUGUGGCUAACCUUGGACUUUUCCUGUAGGAAAUAUGAUCAGAUCAGAGACGCUUGACCACUGGGAGUCAGCCACCAAGGCCUGGCGAAUUCCAGGACCUUGGAGUUGCUAGAAAGUAGUCACACAUGUAGUUGGUGUGAGAGGCAAGGAAUCAGUUUACCUGUCGACUUUUACCAUAGGGGUUUCCUCUGACCUUGUGUAGAAAGAUUGGGGAUCCAGGCCAGGGUGGCUGACAAGGAACCAUUGUACAUGUCUUUCCAGGGCAGUUUCUUAAUGAGAUGUUUGUAUUUAUUUCCAGACCAAUAAAUUUGUAACUUUGCAGUG